UUUCUCAGCGGCGCUGGUUGGUGACGUUUUGCCAGAAACGGAAGUUUGUCUUGCGCGAGCUGCGCGUCUCUUCUUGUCCCCCACGUGUCGCGGUGUAUCGGAGCUUCCAAAGGGACGCGCGCCCCUCCUCCCUCCACGAGAGACCCCCGGAGCUCGCGGCGGGGGAUGGAGGCCCUGCGGCUCCGCCUCGCCGGCCCGCUGCAGCUGGUGGCGCAGCGGAACGAGAAGAGCAGCAGCGAGCUGGGCAGGUUCCUGGCCAAGCAGAUCUGGACUCGACAGGAUCGCCAGUGUAUUCUCAAUGCCUUAGCACAGUUAUUAGUGGAUAAAGAAUGUACUCUACUGAUUGGUCGUCAGUUUCGACCAAUCCUGCUGGAUUUACUGGAAAGAAAUGCAGAAGCCAUUAAUGUUGGUGGUCAAAUCAACCAUGAUCUGCAUGAAAGGCUUUGUGUAGCAAUGAGCAAGCUCAUUGGUGACCACCCUGAUGUGCUUCCGUUUGCUCUGAGAUAUUUUAAGGGUACUUCACCAGUGUUCCAAAGACUCUUCCUGGAAAGUUCUGAUACAAACACAGUCCGAUAUGGGCGCAGACGGAUGAAGUUACGGGAUCUCAUGGAGGCUGCUUACCUAUUCCUCCAACAAGAGCAGUCUGUAUUCCGGGAGUUGUGGGACUGGAGUGUGUGUGUUCCGCUGCUAAGGAGUCAUGAUACUUUGGUCCGCUGGUACACUUCAAAUUGCCUUGCUUUGGUUACAUGCAUGAACGAUGAGCACAAAUUAUCUUUCCUUAAGAAGAUCUUCAAUCCAGAUGAAUUAAUACGUUUCAGACUAAAGCUACUGGAAGAAUCACGAAUGCGGAAUGUGGAGAGAGCCCUUGUUUUGGCCAAUCCAGACACAUCUCUUUGGCAGAGAGAGAAAGGGUUGCAGUACACACAAGGAGACAUCGUAUCAGGUGACCUCUCUGCAAAUGUAAUAGCAGUAUGUGGAGUUGUGCUACCCAGGCAACAACUUGUGCCAAAAGAACAGGAAAGUACCAUUAACCAUUUUGUGCUGGUUGAAUCUACCUGCAUGAAUCUUCAAAACCUUGCGAUGGCAGUAGCUUUCCAGAAUCCUGUAUUAUUAGAGGGGCCAAUAGGAUGUGGCAAAACUUCUUUAAUUGAGUAUUUAGGAGUCAUUACAGGAAGAGUGAAGCCCCCUCAUAUUCUGAAAGUUCAACUUGGAGAUCAGACAGACAGUAAGACAUUACUGGGUAUGUAUCGUUGUACAGAUGUGCCAGGGGAGUUUGUAUGGCAGCCUGGAACCUUGACACAAGCUGUCACCAAAGGGCACUGGAUUCUGCUGGAGGAUAUUGACUAUGCUCCUCUGGAUGUGAUCUCUGUGCUGAUUCCUCUUCUGGAAAAUGGAGAAUUACUGAUUCCUGGUCGUGGAGACUGUUUAAAAGUGGCUCCUGGAUUCCAGUUCUUUGCAACCAGAAGAGUCUUCAGCUGUGCUGGUGGUUGGUACAGACAGCAAAAUAGCCAUGCUACUCUUCUGGACAAGUAUUGGACCAAAAUUCGGAUGGAUAACAUGAAUAAAGCAGAACUCAAAGAGAUUCUUCAGGGCAGAUACCCCAACCUUGCUGCUGUGACUGAUCGUCUACUAGACAUUUAUCUUCAGCUUACUGGAGACAAGCAUCAAACAUCGGAAAUCAGUUUUCCUGUCUGUGAGCAGGAAGUGGACGAUACAUCAGAACUGAGAAAAGAAAAUAAAAGGCCAAGUCUGGAGGGAAGAGAACUAUCUCUGAGAGAUUUAUUGAAUUGGUGCAGCAGGAUUGCCUACAACUUUGACAGCUCUUCCUCAACUACUGCAGUGAAUAUUUUUCAAGAGGCCUUAGACUGUUUCACAGCUAUGCUGUCCAAGCAAGGGAGCAGACAGAAAAUGGCAGAAAUUAUUGGAAGCAAACUAAACAUUUCCAAGAAAAAGGCAGAGUUCUAUUGUCAGCUUCAUAAACCAGAAAUUCUAAUAAGGGAACAUGAAGUCGCUGUGGGAAGAGUGCGGCUCUUGCGGAAGCAAACUCAGGCACUUCUUACACAAAGGGAGAAGCAAACCUUCGCUGCCACACGCCCAUCUUCGGUCCUGAUUGAACAGCUUGCAAUGUGUGUUGACAAAGGAGAGCCUGUGCUGUUGGUGGGUGAAACAGGAACUGGCAAAACCGCGACUGUCCAAUACCUUGCUCAUAUUACAGGACACCAUUUGAGGGUUAUCAAUAUGAACCAACAGAGUGACACUGCAGAUCUGCUUGGGGGCUAUAAGCCAGUGGAUAACAAAUUGAUUUGGCUGCCCUUACGAGAGUCUUUUGAGGAACUCUUCUCUCAGACGUUUUCCAGGAAGCAAAAUCAAACUUUCUUGGGUCAUAUCCAGACGUGUUACAGACAGAAACGUUGGCAUGAUCUACUCAAAUUAAUGCAGCAUGUUCACAGAUCGGCCGUUAAUAAGGAAGCAAAAGAAAACGCAUCAGGUUCACCACUGAAAGAAAAGUGGGAAGCAUUUGGUCUUAGACUGAACCAUGCCCAUCAACAGAUGAAAAUGACAGAAAAUUUUCUGGUGUUCGCAUUUGUAGAGGGUACUCUGGCACAAGCGGUGAAGAAAGGAGACUGGAUUUUACUGGAUGAGAUUAAUUUGGCUGCAGCAGAGACUUUAGAAUGCUUGAGUGGCUUACUAGAAGGAUCAUCUGGCUCACUGGUGUUACUAGACAGAGGAGACACAGAACCUCUGGUGCGUCACCCUGAUUUUCGUUUGUUUGCCUGUAUGAAUCCAGCUACGGAUGUUGGAAAGAGAAAUCUACCUCCAGGAAUAAGAAACAGGUUUACUGAACUUUAUGUAGAAGAACUGCAGAAUGAAGGAGACUUGCUAAUUCUUAUUAUGGACUAUUUGAAAGGCUUGAAUGUGAGCAAAAACACAGUACAAGGAAUCAUGAACUUCUAUUUAUCUGUGAGAAAAGAGUCAGAAACAAAAUUGGUGGAUGGGACUGGCCAUAGACCUCACUACAGCCUUCGUACACUUUGCAGGGCUUUGAGAUUUGCAGCAUCUAAUCCGUGUAAAAACAUACAGCGCUCAUUGUAUGAGGGCUUUUGCUUGGGCUUCCUGACACAGCUUGACAGAGUUUCUCACCCGAUAGUUAGGAAGCUAAUUUGCCAGCAUAUUGUCUCCGGCAACAUCAAAAGCCUCCUUAAGCAGCCAUUACCAGAGCCCCAAGGAGGAAGAGCUGUACAGAUAGAAGGCUACUGGAUUUCAGUAGGGGAUAAGGAACCUGUGAUAGAUGAGACUUAUGUAUUAACUUCUUCUGUUAAACUUAAUCUGAAAGACAUUGUCAGAGUUGUGUCUGCAGGGACUCAUCCAGUGCUGAUUCAAGGAGAGACAUCAGUUGGUAAAACUAGUUUAAUUCGCUGGUUGGCUGCAGCUAGUGGGAACCACUGUGUGCGGAUUAACAAUCAUGAACAUACUGACAUCCAGGAGUACAUUGGCUGUUAUACAUCAGACGCUUCUGGGAAGCUGAUGUUUAAGGAAGGUGUCCUUAUUGAUGCUAUGAGAAAGGGAUACUGGAUUAUCCUCGAUGAACUGAAUUUGGCUCCUACGGAUGUUCUGGAGGCACUCAACAGACUUCUGGAUGAUAACAGAGAGCUGUUCAUAACAGAGACACAAGAAGUUGUCAGGGCACACCCUCGAUUUAUGCUGUUUGCUACACAGAAUCCACCAGGACUGUAUGGGGGCAGGAAGGUGUUGUCCAGAGCCUUCAGGAACCGUUUUGUGGAGCUGCAUUUUGAUGAACUGCCAAGUGCUGAGCUAGAAACAAUCCUUCACAAGCGAUGCAGUCUGCCACCUUCUUACUGCAGUAAACUCGUCAAAGUCAUGCUGAAUCUGCAGUCUUAUCGCAGAGGUUCAACAGUGUUUGCUGGGAAGCAUGGUUUCAUUACUCUUCGAGAUCUGUUUCGUUGGGCUGAAAGAUACAGAUUGGCAGAACAGACAGAGAAGGAUUAUGACUGGCUUCAGCAUUUAGCAAAUGAUGGUUUCAUGCUUCUGGCAGGCAGAGUCAGGAAACAGGAGGAGGUUGAUGUUAUUCAAAGUGUCCUUGAAAAGCAUUUUAAGAAGAAAUUGUAUCCCCAUUCUCUCUUCUCAGAGGAAAGUGUUAGAAAGUUAUUGGUUAAAUCAUCUACACGGAUGUUGGUGAUGGACGGCGAGUUUAGUCAUGUUGUCUGGACUCAAGGGAUGAGGAGGCUUGCAGUUCUGGUAGGACGAGCCCUGGAGUUCGGUGAACCAGUACUGCUGGUGGGAGACACUGGGUGUGGCAAAACUACUAUUUGUCAGAUAUUUGCAGCCUUGGCAAAUCAGAAAUUACAUUCUGUGAACUGCCACUUGCAUAUGGAGACAUCAGACUUCCUGGGAGGAUUACGGCCAGUCAGACAGAGAUCAAAGGACAAGGAGGAAUUUGACAGUUCUAGGCUCUUUGAAUGGCACGAUGGACCCCUUGUUUUAGCAAUGAAGGAGGACGGCUUUUUUCUCCUGGAUGAGAUUUCAUUAGCUGAUGAUUCUGUGUUGGAAAGACUUAAUAGUGUUCUUGAAGUUGAGAAGACACUGGUGCUUGCUGAAAAAGGUAGUCAAGAAGAUGAGGAUAAUGAAGUAGAACUUCUGGUUGCUGGAAAAAAAUUUCGCAUCCUAGCAACCAUGAACCCAGGAGGUGACUUUGGAAAAAAAGAGCUUUCUCCUGCACUACGCAACAGAUUUACAGAGAUAUGGUGUCCACAGAGUAACAGUCGUGAUGAUUUAAUACAGAUCGUAAAGCACAAUCUUCAUCCAGGACUCUCUCUGGACAGGAUAAACCACCAAGGGAUAGACAUAGCUGAGCUGAUGAUGGACUUUAUUGAAUGGCUAACCAACCAAGAAUUUGGGCGUCAGUGUAUUCUCAGUGUCCGGGAUGUCUUAUCGUGGGUUAACUUUAUGAAUGUCAUGGUAGAAGAUGAGGAGUACAGCCUAUUUUACAUCUCUCCUGUGACGUCUUUUGUCCAUGCUGCAUGCUUGGUGUACACUGAUGGAAUAGGAUCAGGUACAACAUCUUGCUCAGCUGAUACUGCUUUAUCUGCCCGUGAAAAAUGUCUGAAAUUCUUAUGUGAGAAACUUUGCACUAUUGUUGAGCUUACAGAAUAUCAGAAGGAUGAACUGAGGAUUUACGACAGAACAAAGGAGAGAGAAUUUAUAUGGAUGGAAAACUUCAUGGGAAUCCAUCCAUUUUUUAUACCAAGAGGCCCUGUUUUUCAGAGGAACAAUGUUUCAGAUUAUGCUUUAAAUGCAGGAACUACAGCAAUGAAUGCACAAAGGCUGUUAAGAGCCUUACAGCUUAACAAACCCAUUCUCUUGGAGGGGUCUCCAGGCGUGGGCAAGACCAGUUUAGUAGCAGCAUUGGCAAAGGCUUCAGGAAAUUGCCUUGUUCGAAUCAACCUGUCUGAGCAAACGGAUGUGACAGAUUUAUUUGGGACAGACUUGCCUGUGGAAGGUGGAAAGGGUGGAGAAUUUGCCUGGCGUGAUGGACCCCUGCUUGCAGCAUUAAAGGGUGGACACUGGAUUGUAUUAGAUGAGUUGAAUCUGGCUUCCCAGUCUGUAUUAGAAGGACUAAAUGCCUGCUUUGACCACCGAGCAGAGAUUUACGUCCCAGAAUUAGGGAUGAGUUUUCAUGUGCAACAUAAGAAGACGAAGAUCUUUGGAUGCCAGAAUCCCUACAGACAAGGAGGUGGAAGAAAGGGGCUGCCCAAGUCCUUUCUUAAUAGAUUUACACAGGUAUAUGUUGAUCCACUUUCAGCUGCAGAUAUGGAGUUCAUUGGGAAUACCUUGUUUCCUGCCAUCGACAAAAAUAUUAUUGCUAAAAUGGUUGCUUUCAAUAACAAGAUUGAUGAAGAGGUUAUGGCUCAAAAGAAGUGGGGACAGAAAGGGGGACCCUGGGAAUUUAACCUGCGUGAUCUUUUCCGCUGGUGUCAGCUGAUACUUGUUGACCAGUCACCAGGAUGCUAUGAUCCAGGCCAACAUGUAUUUUUGGUCUAUGGUGAACGAAUGAGAACCAGAGAAGACAAAGAGAAGGUCAUUUCCAUAUUCAAGGACAUUUUUGGUCAAAAUUCUAAUCCAUAUAGGGGAACCAGACGGUUUCUCAUCACUCCUUAUAAUGUUCAGAUCGGCUACUCAGUUCUCGCUCGUGGCAACUAUAUUCCUCCCCCGUGCAGAUGUCUGUCUCUUUUACAUCAUUCCCUGCAGUCCCUUGAGUCCAUAAUGAAAUGUGUGCAUAUGGGCUGGAUGGUAAUAUUGGUGGGUCCUGCAGCUGUUGGGAAGACCAGCCUUGUUGAACUUCUGGCCCACCUGACAGGUCAUCGAUUAAAGGUUAUGGCAAUGAACAGUGCUAUGGAUACAACUGAACUCUUAGGUGGAUUUGAACAGGUUGAUAUCAUUCGGCCAUGGCAGUGCCUACUAGAGAAAGUGGAGAGUGCUGUGAGGACACUAAUAAGGGACAGUCUCCUUCUGACUGAAAUCUGUCCAGAUGAUGCUGAAGUUGUGUUGCGUGCUUGGAGCAGUUUCAUCCUUAACUUUAAAUCCAAAUCUCUGGGUGAAGGAAGUAGAAAUGUCACAACUGAACUGGUGAACAAACUAGAGGGAAUACUUGCACUUAUCCAGCGACUAAACAACAAAAUAAACUCUUACUCAAAAGCAGAGUUUUCGAGACUGAUGGAAGAAUUUCGACAUUUCAGGCUGCAGCUUGUUCAGUCUGUGGAUGGUAACAGUCAUGGCACUUUUGAAUGGGUUGAUGGAAUGUUGAUUCAGGCGUUACAGUCUGGGGACUGGCUUUUAAUGGACAAUGUAAACUUCUGCAAUCCGUCAGUGCUGGACCGCUUGAAUGCUCUACUCGAACCUGGGGGAGUCCUUACCAUGAGUGAGAGAGGUGUGAUAGAUGGCACCACCCCUACUGUUGCCCCUCAUCCGAAUUUCAGGCUUUUCCUUUCAAUGGAUCCUUUCCAUGGGGAAAUAUCCAGAGCCAUGAGGAACCGUGGGAUUGAGAUUUACAUUCCUGGGGAAAGUGAUGGGAAUUUAUUGGACAAUCUGGACAUGAAAGUGUUGUUGCAUGGACUGGGCUUGCUGGGAGAUAGUGUAUGUGAUGCACUCAUGGCUGUACAUUCAGAAACUAAAGAAACUAUAGCAGGUUCUGUGUUGUCAUUGUCAUCUUUGAUUCAUGCUGCUACACUAAUUGUACGACAGUUGCAUCGAGGCCUUGGUUUACCGAAGAGUUUUUACAGAGCUUGCUGGGAAGUGUAUGUCCGCUCACAACAGUCCCAGAUGAACCAAAAGCUUGUGCUGGAGUUGGUAAUGAAGCAUGUUUCAGCUCUGACUUCCCAUGAAACUUGGGGUGACUCCCUGCUAGCAAUGGGAUUGUGGCCAGACUCGCUACCUACAGGUCUGUUUCUAGCUGAAGACUCACUUCUUUCUACAGUCCAGAGUGAUGGACAGGUCCUAGCAUAUUGUCUGAACAGACUGAGCCUGAAAAACAGCAGAACACUACCACUUACUCUGCAAGAUUUGCAGAAAGUUAUGCAAUCCACUAAUUCAGAGAGUCUCCGAUUCAGUACUGUUCAGAUGGAUGCCUAUUGGACAGAUGAAAUUGAAGUCCUAUCUACUUCUGUUGAAUUGUUCAUAGAAAAGGCAUCCAAUCAAGAUUGGUUGUUGAGAGUUAGAUGGCUUAAUCACUUAACCAAGAAUCUACCACAAGUGCUUGAUUCAGUGCGCACUCAACUAGAAGCUGGUGCUGCAUCGCUGAAUAGUUUCUACUCCAGUCCCCACUCUGCUGCAAUCAGUAAUGUGAUCAAGUUGCUACAGCCAAACAUGACAGAUGAACACGUGUUGCCACUGGAUCCAAGAUGGAAUAUGCAGUUUUUGAAUAUCAUUAGAAAUUCAAUGAACUUUGACACAGAAGUGGAACACACAGAUCAACUUUUUGUCCUUCUGAUGUCUGUAGCAAACCGGGCAAUAUUAUUUCUUGACCGGGAAAAAAGAAGCUAUAUUGAGAAGAACUUGAUUACUAGCAAAAAGUUGAGAACUAGUGCCUUAAGAAUGUCUCUAGAGUUCCAUAAAGAUCCAGGGAGUUAUAACUCUCUUCCACAUGCUAUUGUGGCCAAUCUUGCUGCUUUCUUUGAACUUUGGGAUUCCUUUAUGUUGCACUGGGUGAAGUCUUCUCAAGUGACCUUAACAGAUGACAAUGUACAUGAGAUCUUCUACUGCUUGCUGUGGCGUGACCGGUUUUGGGCAGCAUCUGACACUCUGACGGUGGAUUCUCCAGGCUUGGCACUCCUGUCGCUUCACUGGCACUGGGUUGUGAAGCAUUUAAUCAACAGAAUUCCCCAGAUGCUGACUGGACAUGAGCAGCACAGGGUUUCCAAGGAAAUUCAGUCUGUUUCACAGCAGAUUCAGAGCUGUUUGGCCAGUCCUGCUGGUAUUUCUGUUGGUGUAAAGAAGCUGCAGAAGUCUCUUGGGAGACCUCUUCCUUUCAAGGAUAAACUGGUGGUGGAGUCGGUUGCUCAGUUGAAAGAAUUCUGCAAAGCACUCGACAUCCUGGAGAUGAGAUCUGCCUUUGGAGAAAGCAGAUGGCAGGACGAAAUCUGUUGUCUGAAAACUGCUGCCACUGGAUGGGAAAUAAAGAAAGCACUGCUGCGGGCCAAGGGCCUGGUUCUCAGAGCUAAUCAUUUAGAAGAUGUUAAUUCAGGUGAAUUAAGGACGUUUGUGAAUUUACAGUGUUCACACCUGAAAGCAGGAGGAGUUAAGCUUGGUCAUCCAGAAGAGAUUCGUACUGAAGACACUGUCUCCAGUCAGUUGGACUCUGCCUCAUUAAUCCAGCUCUGUAGUAGGAUUCAGCUGUGGCCCGCAAUGGAGUAUUUGGCAGUGCUCUGGCAGUACAAACUGACAGCAGAUUGUGUAACUAAGGCUUGUCUAAGAAGCUACAGGGAGAACAGCAAUCAACAGGUACGCAUGUGUUCAGAGCUAAGUCAGUAUGUAGCUUUUUGCCUUAAGCUGACGCCAGCUGCCUCUCAACAUCUGUAUGGACUGUGGCACUUGUUACAUCUUGAUAAGGUAUCCCAUGAAGAAAUGUCUCUUCUGUGGUCAGAACUGGUCAGUAGCGUAUUAGAAUUCUUCUGGCACAGUACUGUAACCACAGAUCCGGAGUACUGGUUAACCUGGAAGCCGCUACCUGGGGCAGAGGAAAAGAAAAUGCCUAAAUCCCCUAUGUACCGUUUCAUGAAGGGCCCAGGUAUUUUGAACCGAGCAGUUUUCUCCAAGUGCCUCUUUGAAAUUCUAACUAGCAGCAGCAAGACAAGCCAGUGGGAUGCGAGUGGCCUUCCUGUUCUGUCGUCAUCCCAUGUGAUAUUGGGAGAGUGGAUGGAGAGAGCACAACAGCUUCAAGAAGUCAACACAGUUUUGUGGACCAACAUGUCUGUUUCUUCCAUGGCAGAAUUUAGGUGUACAGAUUCCAGAAUCCAAGAUGUAAUGUUAUGUCGACAGCUCUUGGCUCUGAAGGAUCUGGUUCCAGUAGACCUGCAAGAGGAAUAUUCACAGUGUUGUGAUAAACUCUCCUCCAAAGACCCUGUGGCCUUUCAAUACAUUCUCAAAGUACUUAAGGAUGUCGCUAGUCAGGAGAUACUGCCAAAAGAAGUCCUCUGUCUCUUGCUGACCUGCUUGCAACAGUUCUUUGGGGAAGGAGAAGGAAUUCAGGACCUAUCAGAGACAGCUCGGCAAGGUAGCCUCUGGGUGAAUAUGGGUUUGGUGCAGAUCCAGAUUUGGCUUCCACAGACUAGGUUUGAUCCUGCAGUGAAAAGAGAAUACAAACUCAAGUAUGCCAAGGAGGAGUUACACCACCUGCAGUGUAAAUGGAAGACACUGAAUCUGUCAGCGCAACUACAUACAGGAAAAGAUCUUGAAGAUGAAGCAAUUAUCAGUUUCACUCAUCCCCAUAUCAGAUUUCUACCCCAAAGAAUUCAACAGCUGAAGGAACAAAUAGGAAAUCUUUCCAGAAAACAGGCCUUCAGACCCCAAGUCCCCCCAUAUGACUGCUUAUACCAGGAGGUUCACCAAUAUGUCACCAGCAUUGCACAAAUUUCCACAGUCCAGGAUCUCUUAGCCCGCCUUCUACAGUUCCUUCGUGGAAAUAGGCCCAAGUCGCUCCAGGCAGCACAGAACAUGCUAAACGAAGAAGCAUCCUGGCAGCAAUCUCACCAUCAAUUUAGAAAACACUUGGCAGAAGAAUAUGCUUUGUACCCUGAUGCUGUCACCCCACUGCAAGCUGCCAUUUUACAGCUGCAGCAUGGCAUGAGACUAGUGGCCUCUGAAGUUUAUACAACACUCAACAGUAUUGUCUGUCCAGCGAAACUUGACACCCUUGUUACUUCUUUGUUGGCAUUUCCUUCUAUUAGUCCCACCUUCCCCACUUACCUUGCACAUGCGGAUACUUUAUGCUCAGUGCAAUCUACGAACAUCCUCUGUGGCCUUAAAAAGUUAUCUCUGAAACGCUCUGAAGGAGAGUUUGGUGAAGGGGUUCAGAGUUCAUACCCGACUCAGGAACAGCUGCUAGUGAAUGCCUUAUUGUAUCUUCAGUGCCAUGUAUUGUCAAAGGGAGAGUUGGACCAGAAAUCUCUGCAGCUUUUCAGGCAUCUGUGUCAGGCAAUUAUAAACGAAUGGGAUGAACAGGAGCGCUGCAUCCAGGAGCAGGAGCAGCAAGAAAGCCGUCUGUACAGAUACAGGAGUAAGAGCCAUGGAAUGGGGAGAAGUGAGGAAGAGGAGGAAGAGAGAGAAUUUAGGAGGAGAUUCCCUCUAUAUGAGAAGGACUUUGAAGAUAUCACAGCUCAGGCAAGUCUAGAGGAAAAAAUGGAAAAUGAAGAUGACUCAGAGGAUUUAGUAGCCACUGAAAUAACUCUCUUAUCCCAGAGUUCAAUGCAAACAGUGAUGAUGAUUCAUCAGCAGUUGUGCCUAAACUUCGCACGGUCCCUGUGGUAUCAACAGAGCCUGCCCCCACUUCAAGCUAAACAUUAUUUCAGUGCAUUUCUUUCCUGCUAUCAGACUGGUGCUUCUCUAGUGGCACAUUUCUAUCCCUUGAUAGGUGCUGAAAUGAAUGAUUAUCUUCUUGGCAGCCAGCUUUUAGUUGGCACACUUCUCCACAAUACACUUUUUGAGGAAGUGACUUCAGAUCUCAUCAUACAACAAGAUGGCCCGUAUGACUUUUACCAGCACCCAAAUAUUCAGCAAGUUCGACAAUGCCAGCCUGUACUUGAUAACUUCACUAAAGAAGUAAACAGGUUACUGCAAGAAUGGCCUGAACACCCUGCACUCAUGCAGCUAUUGGUUGUGAUGGACAGAAUCCGUAGCUUCCCACUCUCCAGUCCUCUCUCAAAGUUCCUGAAUGGCUUAGAGAUUUUGCUUGCAAAGUCACAGGACUGGGAGGAGAAUGCAAGUCGAGCUUUGUCUUUGCGGAGACAUCUUGAUUUGGUCACUCAGUUGAUCAUCCAGUGGCGUAGACUGGAGUUAAACUGCUGGUCGGUUAGUCUGGACAAUACUAUGAAGCGGCACACAGAAAAAUCCACAAAGCACUGGUUCUCAAUCCAUCAGAUGAUUGAAAAGUACAUGCAAGAGCAAACUGAGGGGAGCACAGAAGAAACCAAUGAGCAGCUGAGCUUAACAGUGCUGGUCCACACACUGCAAGCUUUUAUUGAAGGAUCUACCUUGGGGGAAUUUCAUACACGACUUCAAGCACUGUUGGUUUUCCACUGUCAUGUCCUGCUAAUGCCUCAAGUAGAAGGAAAGGACAUGCUGUGCAGCAUUCUUUGGAACCUAUACAAUUAUUACAAGCAGUUUGCAGAGUGUGUACAGGCCAGAAUAACUGAACUUCGUCAGCCUAUAGAAAAAGAACUUAAGGCAUUUGUGAAAAUUUCUAAAUGGAAUGAUGUCAGCUUCUGGGCUAUAAAACAGUCCGUGGAGAAGACACACAGGACCCUCUUUAAAUUCAUGAAGAAGUUUGAAUCUGUUCUGAAGGAGUCCUGUCGACCUGCACUGGUUGAGAGUGAUAAAGAAGAAGCGCUAGACUGCUUGGAGAGGCAGGAAGAGUCUGAGAACAAAGAGACUAAAGUUCAAAGGUUAAACAGCAUACUAAGAAAAACUUUGUCUGCUAGAACAGAUGCUGCCCAGACUGUGCUCUCAGAAGAAUGCUAUGGUGGAGUUAUGUUUGAUACAGAAUCUCUUCAGUGUCGUUUGCCCAAGCUCACAAAACGAAUGAAGAUGUUGUGUGCAACUCUUAUGAAGAAGAACUCAUUUCUAGACCGGGUGGAGAGUCUUGAGCAGUUUACAGGUGAUAUCAUUGUCUCUGUGCUUGAACUGCAGAAUUUAACAGUUAAUCAGGCUGCAGAUAAGGAAAAGCAGAAGUCAGAGGUCAAACAUAUUCUUAUGCAGAAACAACGGGCCUUAUCAGAUCUCUUCAAAAGCCUUACUAAAACAGGUUUGUCAUAUCGAAAAGGCCUUGCUUGGUCUCGUUCAAAAGACCCUCAGGAUAUGCUUUGUCUGCACCCCUUGGAUUUACACAGUGCACUAGCCCUAGUCAACUGCACACAUGAAUUGGAUGCUAAGUUGCUGACAGAGAUUUCGUCUGUCUGGGAUGGAUGCCAGAAGUACUUCUAUCGAUCUCUUGCACGCCACUCUAGGCUUCAGACAGCAUUAUUAGCACCUGCCAAGGAAAUUGGACUAGGUAGCAUUGAUAGAUGUAAAGGAUUCACUGCACACCUUAUGAAGAUGCUUGUUAAGCAGAGGAGCUCACUCACUGCCUUGACGGAACAAUGGAUAAUACUGAGGAAUCUCUUGAGUUGUGUACAGGAGAUUGAUUCAAGGAUGAAUGUUACUAGAGAAUAUAAUGUAGCCUUUCCUCCUCAAGAUAGUAUUCAGCAGUGGACUGAGAGACUGCAACAUCUUGCCAUGCAAUGUAUGAUGGUCAUUGAGCAGCUAUCUUGGUUUGUACAGUGCUGCCCAAGAGAACAGUCUUUAAUCUGUAGUCAUGAUGUAAGGACAGAUAUGAAAACAAACAUUCCCCAGUGUAAAGGAACUGACCAGACUCUGGAAGAUGCCCAGAUGGGAAUACCAGAUCUAAUCCAAUCAGAGCUAAAAUACCUAUCUCCAGUGGCUGCAGAACAACUGCCCUCCGGAUGCAGGAUGCGAAAACAGGAUCAGCUGUGGCAGCAGUUGUCUGCAAGAGUGACUGAGAUGCUCGCGGAGAUUAAAGCCGUGAAAGCAGAUAUAGACAGCAUAAGACAACAGUCUUGUGAGACCUUAUUUUAUUCCUGGAAAGAUUUUGAAGUUUGCAGUUCAGGGCUGAGCUGUCUGUUGAAAGUCUCAACUCAGUUGCAGAGUGUAGAGUCCUUAUAUGUUCUUCAAGGAAUGGAAGGUAGGAAGUCCACGAAGCAGAUGGCAUUAAUCAAGAGCCUAGAAUACAUCCAAGCAGAAGUUAAUAAAACUGUUGCAGACUUCACUACCUGGAAAACCCAGCUUCUCAGUUUGACGUCAGACUGUGAUGGGUACCAAGAAUCAGAUGAUGGGUUUGUAGAACAUUUCUCGGUGCAAGUAGAAACUGCCAUCCAUGUUGUCCUGUAUGCCAUCCAGUGUUUAACGGAGAGAAAACAGGAAGAAGGAAAGGAGGAAGAAAAAUGCUCAGAGGAAGAUGAGGAGGAGGCCUCAGCCGACAGACUCAAGUCGGGGCUUUUAAGUAAGCUCUUGGAUGAAGACCUCUAUGCUGAUGUGAGUUCUCUGCAUGUGCAGAAAAUAAUUUCUGCCAUUUCAGAACUCCUGGAAAGACUGAAAUCUUAUGGAGAGGAUUGCACAGCAGACAAACACAGGUUCUUCAAUCAAUCCUGCUACUUACUUGUGCGCCUAAUGCCCAUGCUUUCCAAGUAUUCAGAUCUUAUCUUGUUCUAUCUCAUUGUUUCCUUGGCAUCUCACAGAAGUACUGGGAAAUUGCUUUCUGUUCUAACCAGUAUAUUUACAGAGCUCACCCAAAAGGGAUUUUGUCUGCCAAAAGAAUUAAUGGAGGAUGCAGCAGGAGAGGGAGCAACAGAGUUCCAUGAUUAUGAGGGAGGUGGUAUUGGAGAUGGGGAAGGCAAGAAGGAUGUGAGUGACAAAAUAGAAAACGAAGACCAGGUGGAAGACACUUAUCAAAAAGGUCAAGAAAAGGAGAAAGAGGAUCCAGACUCCAAACCAGACAUUGAAGGAGAGGACAAUGCGAUUGAAAUGUCAGAGGACUUUGAAGGGAAAAUGCAUGAUGGGGAACAAGACAAGAAAGAAGACAGUGAGAAAUCAGAUGAAGAUGAAGAGCUGGAUAAACAGAUGGGAAAUCUUGGUGAUGCUGAAGCUGAUAAACUGGAUGAGAGGCUCUGGGGUGAUGAUGACGACGAUGAUGAAGAGGACAAUGACAAUGAUGACAGUAAAAAAGAAGAAUCUGGACCAGGAAUGGAUGAGGGUGAUUCCGAGCUUGUUGCAAAAGAUGACAACUUGGAUGCAGGCAAUAAAAAUAAUAAAAAGAAGCCAUCUAAGGAUGAAGAAAAAGAGGAGCAAGCAGAGGAUGGUGAAAACAAAGAGAAAAUUCACGAACAAAUAGAUGAGCGUGAAUAUGAUGAGAAUGAGGUGGAUCCCUAUCAUGGUAAGCAAGAGAAGCAGCCUGAAGCUGAAGCUUUGGACCUUCCCGAUGACCUGAACUUAGAGAAUGAAGAGAGGAGUGAUGAGGACAAGGAAGGAGAAGAGGAAGAAAAUCCUUUUGAGAUAGAAGAGAAGCCAAUGGAUUUAGAUGAGGCUGAAAAUGGGGAAGAUAAGGAUGAAGAAGAUAAAAAUGGAGAAGAUACUCAAGAUACAGGCAGAGAUCCAGAGCCAGCUGAAGGAGGCACCUCUGAAGAUAAAGCAGAGGGUGAAGGUGAAGUGGGGGAAGAAGAUGAUGACCAAGAAGAAGGAAAUACAGAAAACUCUGAGGAAAAUGAAGAGGAGGAAACACAACCACUGACAGAAGAUAAAGAAUCUGCUGAAGAGGAGAGAGAGAAAGGGAUUCCAGCUGCUGACCAAGGCCUUCAACCUCAGGAAGAAGAGGAUGAAGGUACUCUGGAGAAGGAUGAGAAGUUACCUGAAUCUGUAGAACGAAUGGAACAUGAAGCUCAUGGGCAGACAGGAGAAGAAAAUCUGCAGAGUGACAGUGCUGUUGAGCUGGCUGGAGCAGCUUCAGAGAAGGACCAGGCUAAAGAGGAACAUGGGAGUGGAGCUGCAGAUGCAAAUCAAACAGAAGGCCAUGAAUCCAACUUAAUGGCACGAUUGGCUUCCCAGAAACAAAGCAGAAAAAAUACACAGAGUUUUAAGAGGAAACCUGGUCAGGCUGACAAUGAGCGCUCAAUGGGGGAUCACAGUGAACAUAUCCACAAGCGACUGAGAACCAUAGAAUCCAGCAGUGAAGCCAAACAGAAUACAACUCAGCCUGAACAAAAUGUGGAAGAAGCUGAUGCAUUUGAACACAUUAAACAAGGCACUGAAUCCUACGAUGCACAAACUUAUGAUGUAGCUAGCAAAGAGCAGCAGAAACCUAUUAUGCCUCUUGGUGAAGAGAAGGAAGAGGUGGUUUCUGAAGAUGCAGCCAUGGAGACAGAAAUGCAGAACAAUGAAGAUCUCAAUGCUGUAGACACAGAGGAGCUGAAGCCAGAAUUAAAGAAGUCUAGUGCCACUAAAGCCCUUGGGUCUGAUGAAGCGGAGUUGGAAAUCCAGGCUUUCAACUCUGAGGAGGUCAAAGACGCUACAGCAGACAAACCACCAAAGGUGCCAGAGGAGGAACCAAAAAGAAACCAAGACUCUACUAUACAUACGGCCCAUCAAUUUUUGAUGGACACCACGGUCCUGCACAUAAUUAAAGAUCCUGAAGAGUUGAGACAGGAACUGGAAAAGCAACUGGAAGCUUGGCAAACUCAGCAAUCUGCAAACCCAGAUGAGGAAAAGACGGCAGCUGAGAUGUGGCAGAGGUAUUUAGCACUGACCGCUCCUCUUUCACAACAGCUUUGUGAGCAGCUACGACUCAUACUUGAACCCACUCAGGCAGCCAAGUUGAAAGGUGAUUACAGAACAGGAAAAAGAUUGAAUAUGCGCAAAGUGAUUCCAUAUAUCGCUAGUCAGUUCCGAAAAGAUAAGAUCUGGUUGCGAAGAACCAAGCCCAGCAAACGUCAGUACCAGAUUUGCUUGGCCAUUGAUGAUUCGUCUAGUAUGAUAGACAACCACUCCAAACAGCUUGCAUAUGAAUCCCUGGCAGUGAUUGGAAAUGCAUUGACUCUUCUAGAAGUGGGGCAGAUUGCUGUAUGUAGCUUUGGCGAGACAGUUCAACUUCUGCACCCAUUCCAUGAAACAUUCAGUGACCAGUCAGGAACACGGAUAUUACGCCUCUGCAAAUUUCAACAAAAGAAAACUAAGAUAGCUCAGUUUCUAGAAUCAUCAGCAAAUAUGUUUGCUGCAGCACAGCAGUUGUCUCAAAAUAUCAAUCCAGAUACCGCUCAGCUGCUCUUGAUAGUAUCUGAUGGAAGAGGCCUUUUCCUAGAAGGCAAGGAACGAGUCACAGCAGCAGUUCAGGCUGCUCAAAAUGCCAAUAUCUUUGUCAUUUUUGUCGUAUUAGACAAUCCUAUUUCCCGGGAUUCCAUCUUGGACAUUAAAGUACCUAUAUUCAAAGAGCCCGGAGAAAUGCCUGAAAUCAGAUCCUACAUGGAAGAGUUCCCAUUCCCAUUCUACAUAAUCCUCAGAGAUGUGAAUGCCCUCCCAGAGACUCUCAGUGAUGCGCUGCGACAGUGGUUUGAACUGGUGACUGCCUCGGAGAGUCUAUAGAAUUUACAAAGCAAGUAAACGUCUGAUUGCUGCUAAAUUACUGAAGUGUGACUGCAUUUCAUCAGUGAUUUGAUGAGAUCUCUCUAUCCAGGAUUUACGUGCAGAAACUGCCUUCUGAUAUUCAGACAGCCUAGAAAAUAAAUGCUUUAGGUGUGCUCUCCCCAUUUGCUAGUGCAGGAGACUAUGCAAUGGUGAAAGACUGUACUCACUUAUUUGCCUAUCCCUAUAACAAUGCAGACCUUCUACCACCACUGUUGUAAUUUAUUAUUUUAAAUUUUAUUUGGAAUAUUCAUAUCAUUGAAGGGGGGGAAGUAGUCUUGUUUCUGGGAAGGAACUUCUUUUAGUGGAAGAACUUGAACAGUCUUGGAACUGUUUUAGCUGAACCCAUGGUGGUGGUACAUGUGGGUGGGGGAAGGAUGGGUUUACACAACCAAAAUAUAAGUACUUGAAUACUUAAAACUGUGUUUUGUGGUUAAACACAUCCUAUUUAAUAUAUGUGCUGGUUGUUGGAUAAUGCCUGCAGGGUAUUUUUAUGAAACAUGCCAUGAUAUGAUCUUCCCUGCAUUAUCACUUUACACUGUGAAGUUUGCCCCUCUGUCCAAGGCAGACAUUAAAGACACAUUUAGUUAGGUGUCUUAAAGAUUGUACAUGACUUUUUUCAUUGCAAAAGCUAUGCAUCUUAUUGUCUGUACUAAUAAAAAGAUGUACCACUGUUUGUAA